AUGUUCUUUGCCGCUGUUGUUGCCCCUAUUGGUGCUGGGUUACUCACGACCCUGCACCCGGACAGUGGCCACUCGAGAUGGAUCGCGUACCAAUUCCUAUAUGGUAUUGGACUAGGCGCAAGCGUGCAGUCAGCAUUACUCGCCGCGCAAGCCACUCUGCCCCUGUCCGAUGUUGCCAUCGGCACAGCCAUUAUCAACUUCUCGCAGCAGUUUGGCGGCGCGCUGUUUGUCUCAGUGGGAGAGAACGUUUUCCUCAACAACCUUGCCUCCGGACUCAAGACCAUUCCUGGAUUGGAUGUGACGAGUGUCUUGAAUACUGGCGCCACGGAGCUACGAGAUACUGUGCCAGCACAGUACUUAGAGAAGGUUGUGUCGACAUAUAAUGACGCGCUAAUGAAGACAAUGACUGUCGCUGCGGCCAUGAGCGCAUUGUCGAUUCUUGGCGUAGUGUGUGUUGAGUGGAAGGACAUCAGGAAAAAACAAAAGGACGUGGAAAGACCCGUGCAGGAUGUGGAAAAGGCUGUUGGUGACGCAGGCAACGCCUGA